ACUCAAACAAGGGAGAUCAAUCUGGAUAACUUUACAAAAAAAAAAUGUCUCACUUCUCAUGUAUCUGGGCAUGUAAACAAAUAACCAAGGCUAUUCUACGUGGAUCUAGGUCUAGAUAUAGAUCUACAUUCCAAAAGCGAGUGUCUUUGUAUUUUACAAGAUGUUACCAGCCACCAAGAAGUGUAGGGUUCUCAUCAUGUUUAACUGAAAGUGCAACUCAGAAACUGGAAGAUGUUUACAAAUACUGGAGCAACAAGUUUCUGUCUCACAACAUUGGAGAAGCAGAUGUCAGCGCAAACUACAUUGUGGCUCAUGUCUUGGGGCAUAAGACUAUUUAUAAUCUGGAUGCUCACACAUUAUUGAACCAAACUCAAGUGGAUAAAAUCAAUGAGUUGUGUCAUCUGAGAUUAACAGGCAUGCCUGUGCAGUAUGUUCUUGGAGAAUGGGAUUUCCUGGAUUUGACCUUAACAAUGAGGCCUCCAGUCUUGAUACCUAGACCCGAGACAGAAGAAUUGGCUUUGCUGUGUAUUGAAACACUACUGAACGACAUUGAGAUUGAGCGUCCGACUGUUUUAGAAAUAGGUUGUGGCUCUGGGGCAUUGUCUUUGUCCCUGCUUAAAAAAUGUCCAAAGUUGCAAGUUGUGGCUGUGGAUAUCUCACCAACUGCUUGCUCUUUGACUCAAGAAAAUGCACGAUCGCUGGGAUUAAUGGAUAGAAUAUGUGUCAUCCAGGGGGACUUCACUUCAGACAAAGUUCAGCUUGAGUUGAGCAGAUUAAGUGCUUUCCCUUUAAUUGUCAGCAACCCACCCUAUCUAACAACAGAUGAACUCACUGGUCUACAGUCUGAAAUCAAAUGUUUUGAAGAUCCAACAGCUUUAGAUGGUGGACUUGAUGGUUUGGAUAUUAUCAAAGAGAUCAUUUUAAAGGCUCCAGAUUUACUAAUGACCAAUGGACAUUUAUGGAUGGAAGUCUCUCACCAGCAACCACCUCUGAUUGCCAAACUUGUACAAGACAGUCACAAUGAUAUUUGCCUGAUUGAAGUUGUUAAAGAUUUAUUUGGAAAAGACAGGAUUUGUCAUUUUCAAAAGAAAGAAACAGGAAAAAGGAAAUAAAAUUUGAUACAUCUGAUACGAUUGGUUAAAAUAUUUAUUUAUUUAUACAUGAAUAUAAACAUCUCCAAAAGGUA